AUGCUGGUCUCUCUCACCGUUGGCAAGGUCGACGCCGGUGUCGCGGUGUUGUUGACUGAAGAUAAACGCCUUGUAAGCAUCCCGCCCAUGGUCCCAGAAGAUGACCACUGUGCAGGCGCACCCCUGCCAUUCACCCACCUUGCCAUUGACAGGCUACAGAUUGAGUUUCCCUCGAUAUUGCUACCCCCCGACAUCUCCUCUGGCUCCAUGGUCGAUAUCGAAGUCGGCCGCAAUUACAAAGCAGAAGCAGAUGCCCAGCGAGCCUUUCAAGAGCUUCAGACGGAGAUCUUCCAGACCUUUGGCCAGCGCACGCCCUCUGCACCCGUCCUCAAAUGUCGAAAUGCCACACAAACCUCAGUUGUCCUCGAGUGGGACCCAAUCGACAUUGCGACUGCCGAACUACGCAGCCUUACCCUAUAUCGCAAUGGCAGCAAGGCAGGCACUAUACCGAAGCCCAGCGAGAACCACAGCACCAAGUUGAGUGGCUUGGCUGUCGAUACAGAAUACACCUUCCACCUCGUACUCAAGACCAGCGCGGGCAAUUUCAGUAGCGAGAAGCUCAAGGUACAAACGCACAAGAUGACAGAUCUGUCUGGUAUCACAAUCACACCAGGACAUAUGCCUGCUGCUUUACGCGAGUCACUCCAAAGAUCAGUAGAACGAAUCGGCGCAAAAAUCGCAGACACUGUUCGUAUCGAUACGACGCAUUUUGUAUGCACAGAAGGUAGAGGGCCAGCAUGGGAGAAGGCAGUGGAGAACAACAUACCCGUCGUCGUGCCAGACUGGGUACUAGGGUGCGAGAGAGAGGGCAGAAUUGUCGGUGUGAGGGGAUACUACCUGAAUGCUGAUCCACGAUUACGGAAUGUUGGUCCAGGUGGAUCGCAGGUACCCCAACAAGGAACUCAACAGCAACAACAACAGCAGCCCAGAAGUCCCGUGUUAAGUCCACGGACAGAGAUUACCCCACCUACCCCGGACAGACCCACACAGGACCGCAACACCAACACAGCACCACCUCCCCCACCUCCAAAAGACACAGCAAGCGAAAGGAGCAAUGCCAGCACACCAGAACCGAGGAGCCAACCAGCGCAACAAAAGGCCAGUACAGAAGACUUGAAACCACAGUCGGAAGAGCAAAGGCAGCAAAACACGAGCGAGGAUGAGUCGGAACCUGAGGCAAGCAACGAGAAGGCAGUCGAGGCAGGCCUACCGAACAGACCGAAAUCAGGGCAACCGUCAGUCGAGGACGAUGAUGAUGGAGGAAGCUUCCAAGAAGUGGACCUAUGA